AUGUCGGUGUCGGAAUCACUAGCACCGUCUUCCUCAGAGACCGCCGCCACCGACGGGCCCGCCCUCAAUCUCAUCAACAAGCGCCUCCGCGCCCUGCGCAAGAAGCUCAACCGCAUCGCCCAGAUGGAGGAGUCCCUUUCCCAGGGAAAAACCCUCAACAAGGAGCAGGAGGAAACCCUACGCUCCAAAUCGUCCGUCCUGGCCGGCAUAGACGAGCUCGAGAAGCUCCGGCAGCCUCUCCUCCUGGCCGUCGAACAGGAAGUCGAACUCGCUCUGGGGAAAAUCAAGCAGAAGCCGGACGCCGUCGCCGACGAAAUUCCAAGCGAGGCCGCCUCCGCCGUGGAGAUGGAGCCCAAAUCGGGAAUCGCAAUCGCCGCCGCUGACGACUCGGCGGUUUCCGAUCUGCUGAAUCUGCUGUACUUUGGUACCGUCUUUGAUGUUAAGACCCUGUUUUGUGGGCGGGACAACAUGCUCACCAGGACGCACGAGAGAAAUUGCUGCCUGACGUAUGAUUGCGUAACGGACGAUGAUGCUGCCGGGGAUCUUCUGAAAGAGCCGGAUUUGGACUCCAUUGCCUCGCUCGGUAGCUUGUUGGUUUCCCGGCCAGUAAAUUCGAGCCUGUCCCAUAAGAACGCUUUGCAGAAGUGCUUGGAGCAUGCCAAGCUAUGGCUUGCAAAUGCAGAGCAGCCGAUCGAUCCCAACACGAACAUCACUUAUGCUGGUUUGAGGGAAAAGUUGAAUAAGAUUAUGGCUUCAGAGUACUUCACAACUACUCCCGAGAUAAAAGAUGCAGGUGAAGUAGCAGCUGCUGGUGGCAAUUACGCAUCUUUUCAGGUGCCUGUGCAAGGUACUUCUACCGUUCCUCCAGUUGACUCGACCAUCCCAGUGGAGGGCUCCACAGUUGAAUAUCAGCAAGAGAAAAGAUCCAAAUUUUUGCAGGAAGAGGAACAACCCAAUUCCCACGAGGCUGAUGAUACUUACGUUUAUGAAACUGGUCAUGUUCAAGAAUAUAACCAGGACAUUCCAGCUCAAACAGAACAGGGUUCGCCCGAUUCUGAACACGACCGAAACUCGAGGGAUGUUGACUUGAAGGACCAAAACGCGACUCGGAAGUCGUAUCACGGCUACCGAAGUGGUAGCCGUGGUGGCGGCGGCGGCCGGCGAGGAUACAGCAACGGCCGUGGAGGGAGAGGCGGCGGUAGGGGUGGCUUUCCGAACGGGCGUGGCCAGUUUUACGAUCAGCCAGGUGGCGGUUAUUACCAGAGGAGCAAUUAUGGGUAUAGGGGACGAAGUGGGAGAGGUACGAGUGGCGGCGGCAGCUAUAAUCACCAUGGCCCAGCGCCAGCUGGGCAAGCUCAGGUGGCUUCCUGA